CAGAAAUUCUUUUGCCCAUGCUCUUAGAACUUGAAACUGUGAGGAACACGGCCACCAAGGCAGAGGAAAUACAGGAGGAAUCGGGUGUCUUUAACCUUCCACCCAGCCUGCAGCACUCCCAGCACUUUGAGUAGCCGGAUGGGGGGGGCUCAACCCCAGUCGGAAACUGUCCAGAGGAGGCCAGCGCUGCCAGGCCCCCAGGGUUCUGUGCGCACCGACUGUAAGAAACAGAAUGUGGAAAGGCCGCUUGGGGGGAUUCGCCCCGUCCGGUAGAUACCAGAACUAUCGAUAUGCCUUUAUAUAUUGGGGGGCGGGGGCGGGGCGAGCCCGUGGAGCCGCCCAACUUCGCAGCGAUUAAAGCUUGAGUCUGAGACUCAGCAGGUCGCACCUCAGUGCCUGUGCGCGCGCGGGUCCCCGAGGGGGCGUCAGGGAGCGAGGGGCGGGUGGGGGCGCCCCUACCAGGCCCGCGGCGCACGACUGCUCCCAUUGGCUGGGGCUCCGGCGUCCGAGCCAAUCUGGCCGCGGGUGCGUUUCUCCCGAGCCGGGUGGGACCGCACCCCGCGGACUCAGAAGCCAGCGGCACCCGGGACCGUCGUACAGCAGAUCCAGUGGCCGCCGACGUCAGGCUGGAUGUUGGAUGUGGAAGCCCAGGAGCCCCCCAAGGGGAAAUGGGCAACGCCGCCCUUCGACCCGCGCUUCCCCAACCAGAACCAGACCCGUAACUGCUACCAGAACUUCCUGGACUACCACCGCUGCCUCAAGAUCAGGACCCGCCGUGGGAAGAGCACGCAGCCCUGCGAGUACUAUUACCGCGUGUACCACUCGCUGUGCCCCACCAGCUGGGUGGAGAGCUGGAAUGAGCAGAUCAAGAACGGGACUUUUGCCGGCAAAAUCUGACUGCCCCAGCGCGGCUUCCUCUGAAGAUGCAGUGACCCUGCAUCUUUUUGUCUCGCGGAGGCCCGGCCUCGGUUACCCACCCCUACCUCCCAGUGUCUAAGCCACGAAUAAUGUUAUGCUGUUG